UGGUGUAAGGCUGAUAGUAUGACAGAGGUAUCUGGAAGACACAAACUGUUCUGGAGGGACGUAUCCUCAACCCAGACCACAUAGAUUUCCCAGAAAUAAAGCACAACUAAAAAUGAACUCAAUACAGAAUUAUAAAGCAUGGGAGGAAACAAUCUACCAUUCCUCGAUGAGCAAGAAUCAGCGGACAGAACAAACUAAACACCUGAAGAGAAGGAAUAGAAAAGGAGAGCAAGCCCCGGAGUUCACUAUUUCCAGAAAUUGUAUACUGAAGUGUAACGCUACAUGAGUCAGAGAAAGGAAGGACCCUGAGCCAUAUGGCCUGAUUGUUGGCAAUGACACUGUUAAGAGGCUGGCAUUUGUUUCUGUUCUAACCAGCUACUUUAUAACUGUCAAUAGUAACUAUGCAUAUGUAUUGGUCAGCAAAACCAAGGAACGAGAGCAAUGGCAUUUGACAAAGUCAAUCUGAUUCCUGGGUAUCUUUCCUGGGUUCCACCAUCAGGGACCUCUUCCCUUCCAUCUCAUCAACAAUGUGGUACCUUUUACUAUUUGAUAAAGAUUAAGGACAUGUUCUUUGGUCAACAACCAGAACUCAAAAUCUGCUGGAGUAGGGUCAGAGACCAUUUCAAUCAUAGCUGAGGAAAAUGAAAUUUCCGUUUUAUUUGGUGCCUUGUCCAGGGAGCACACUAACUCUUUCGGAAACACGGGAGUGAGAGGAGGUUGAGUCUUGUCUGAUAGCAACUCAUGGUUAUGGCGAGUGACCCAACGUGACCAGCAGGGGCAGGAGCCACAGAGGAACUCAUGACGGGCUACACCAUGUUGCGGAAUGGGGGCGUGGGCAACGGAGGUCAGACCUGCGUGCUGCGGUGGUCCAACCGCAUUCGGCUCACGUGGCUCAGCUUCACGCUCUUCAUCAUUCUCGUGUUCUUCCCCCUCAUCGCCCACUAUUAUCUCACCACCCUGGACGAAGCGGAUGAGGCAGGCAAGCGGAUCUUUGGCCCACGGGCUGGUAAUGAGCUCUGUGAGGUGAAGCACGUGCUGGAUCUCUGCCGCAUUCGAGAGUCUGUAAGUGAAGAGCUCUUGCAGCUGGAAGCCAAGCGGCAAGAGCUGAACAGUGAAAUCGCCAAGCUGAAUCUGAAGAUAGAGGCCUGUAAGAAGAGCAUUGAGAAUGCCAAGCAGGACCUGCUUCAGCUCAAGAACGUCAUCAGCCAGACCGAGCACUCUUACAAAGAACUGAUGGCCCAAAAUCAGCCCAAACUCUCUCUGCCCAUCCGACUCCUCCCAGAGAAGGACGAUAUCGGCCUCCCUCCCCCAAAGGUCCUGCGGAGCUGCCGGCUGCACAACUGUUUUGAUUAUUCUCGCUGCCCUCUCACCUCUGGUUUCCCAGUCUAUGUUUAUGACAGUGACCAGUUUGCCUUUGGCAGCUACCUGGAUCCCUUGGUCAAGCAGGCUUUUCAGGCCACAGCACGAGCCAACGUUUAUGUUACAGAAAAUGCAGAUAUUGCCUGCCUUUAUGUGAUAUUAGUGGGGGAAAUGCAGGAGCUGGGAGUGCUGCGGCCUGCUGACCUGGAGAAGCAGCUGUACUCCCUACCACACUGGCGGACAGACGGACACAACCACGUCAUCAUCAAUCUGUCUCGGAAGUCGGACACCCAGAAUUUACUGUACAAUAUCAGUACAGGCCGGGCCAUGGUGGCCCAGUCCACUUUCUAUGCUGCCCAGUACCGGCCUGGCUUUGACUUGGUGGUAUCGCCACUAGUCCACGCCAUGUCAGAGCCCAACUUCAUGGAAAUCCCACCACAGGUGCCAGUGAAGCGGAAAUAUCUCUUCACCUUCCAGGGUGAGAAGAUUGAGUCGCUGAGAUCCAGCCUUCAGGAGGCCCGCUCCUUUGAGGAGGAGAUGGAGGGUGACCCUCCAGCCGACUACGAUGAUCGUAUCAUUGCCACCCUCAAGGCAGUACAGGACAGCAAACUAGAUCAGGUCUUGGUAGAAUUUACCUGCAAAAACCAGCCUAAACCCAGUCUGCCUACUGAGUGGGCGCUAUGUGGGGAGCGGGAAGACCGCUUAGAAUUACUGAAGCUCUCCACCUUCGCCCUCAUCAUCACUCCCGGGGACCCUCGCUUGGUUAUUUCCUCUGGGUGUGCCACACGGCUCUUUGAAGCCCUGGAGGUUGGUGCUGUCCCAGUUGUGCUUGGGGAGCACGUGCAGCUUCCUUACCAGGACGUGCUGCAGUGGAGCGAGGCCGCCCUGGUGGUGCCCAAGCCACGAGUGACCGAGGUCCACUUCCUACUACGGAGCCUCUCCGACAGCGACCUUCUGGCCAUGAGGCGGCAAGGCCGCUUCCUCUGGGAGACUUACUUCUCCACCGUGGACAGUAUUUUCAGUACUGUGCUGGCUGUGAUUAGGACUCGCAUCCAGAUCCCAGCCGCUCCCAUCCGGGAAGAGGCGGCGGCCGAGAUCCCCCAUCGCUCAGGCAAGGCAGCCGGCACUGACCCCAACAUGGCCGACAAUGGGGACUUGGACCUGGGGCCCGUGGAGACAGAGCCGCCCUACGCCUCCCCCAAGUACCUCCGCAACUUCACCUUGACCGUCACGGACUUCUAUCGCAGCUGGAACUCUGCGCCAGGACCUUUCCAUCUUUUCCCCCACACACCGUUUGACCCUGUGCUGCCCUCAGAGGCCAAAUUCUUGGGCUCUGGGACUGGCUUUCGGCCUAUUGGUGGCGGGGCCGGGGGCUCCGGCAAGGAGUUCCAGGCCUCGCUGGGCGGCAACGUCCCACGGGAGCAGUUCACAGUGGUGAUGCUGACCUACGAGCGGGAGGAGGUGCUCAUGAACUCGCUCGAGAGGCUGAAUGGCCUCCCUUACCUGAACAAGGUCGUGGUGGUGUGGAAUUCUCCCAAGCUGCCCUCAGAGGACCUUCUGUGGCCUGACAUUGGCGUCCCCAUCAUGGUGGUCCGUACUGAGAAGAACAGUUUGAACAAUCGAUUCCUGCCCUGGAAUGAAAUCGAGACAGAGGCCAUCCUGUCUAUUGAUGAUGACGCUCACCUCCGCCACGAUGAAAUCAUGUUUGGGUUUCGGGUGUGGAGAGAAGCACGGGACCGCAUUGUGGGUUUCCCUGGCCGUUACCAUGCGUGGGACAUCCCUCAUCAGUCCUGGCUCUACAACUCCAACUACUCCUGUGAGCUGUCCAUGGUGCUGACAGGUGCUGCCUUCUUCCACAAGUAUUAUGCCUACCUGUAUUCUUACGUGAUGCCCCAGGCCAUCCGAGAUAUGGUGGACGAAUACAUCAACUGUGAGGACAUCGCCAUGAACUUCCUCGUCUCCCACAUCACUCGGAAACCCCCCAUCAAGGUGACGUCACGGUGGACUUUCCGAUGCCCAGGAUGCCCCCAGGCUCUGUCACACGACGAUUCCCACUUUCACGAGCGGCACAAGUGUAUCAACUUCUUUGUCAAGGUGUACGGCUAUAUGCCCCUGCUGUACACACAGUUCCGCGUGGACUCUGUGCUCUUCAAGACCCGCCUGCCCCACGACAAGACCAAGUGCUUCAAGUUCAUCUAGGGGCGUUGCGCAUAUGGGAGAGGAUGAGCAGAGUGAGGGAGGCAGCUCCUGAGGUCCCUAGACGUGGAAGGACCUCAGGGAUGCCCACUGGGUGGGUGGCCCAGACCCUCUGCUGGGAGAGCCGGCAGGGAGAGUGGGAGGGACAGAGCUGCCUUGCUCUUGAAAUCAGCCACACUGGCCGGAGCCCUGGUCCCAGGACACCAGGGCUCCCUACACAGGGCACUGGUGAUAGCUUACACUGAGGGCCACAGGGACUCUGGAGAGUCACUCACACAGUACAUAAGCCCAGGGCAGCUGGUUUGUGGUUUUUAAUUCACUAACAACUACUAUUAUUAUUUAAAAAGGAAGUUUCAGAUUUGCCAUUCGAGGCUUAUUUAUAUACAUGUGUAUAUAUAUACACAUAUGUGUAUAUACAUGUGCGUGUAUAUGUAUAUAUGCACACACACUCACAUAUACAUAUAUAUAUAUAUAUAUAUUUGAGGGGGAGUUUGGCAUUUCUGCCCAUCUCACAAAGUGAGGGACGUACCACAGUGGUCUGUAUUUUGGUGGAGAUGGAUCCUGGCCUUCUGGUAUCUGGCUCAUCUUUACAGAUCAUCUCUGUCCUCCCCAGGGGCAUCUAUCUGUGCAGAAACAAGAAAGGGCUGGGCGUGGCCCUGUUACAGGGCCCUGCCCAAGAUAAGACCUGUUGCCAACCAGGGCUCUGUAGCUCGAGGUAUGGGGAUCUGCACCUUUGGGGGCAGUGGAGCCUCCCUGUGCAGGACUUGGUGGGUUUGAGGACUCCCCGCUGGGUCGUGCUGUCUGGGUUCUCAGCCCAGCUCUCUCCCUACCCCCUGUUUGGGAGAGAAGACUGAGGAAGGACCGAGACCUGCAGACAGACCCCCAAAUGGCUCUUCUUGUUCGACCCUCCUUUGAAAGACAUGUUGUGCUUUGGCUACAGACUUUCCUGCAGGUUCUCUCAUGUACGAGAACAGAAGCCUGGUGGGCUGCACUUCAGGUGUGGUCUGAGUGGUUGCAGGUCGGCCUACUCUCUGCCGCAGAGUAAACGAGCAUCCUUUGAUCCCCACCCGGCUGGCCGGGGAGUCACAGCAAGGCACCUGCCUUGGGAUAAUACCUUGGUGAAAUUCACCUUCCCCGACCCCUGUCUGGACCCACAUCCUAUAGUUAUUGGAUCCCUCACGCCGGGUUGGUUCCGGGACCCCUUGAGGUUUGGUAUGUGUCAGAAUGGUGGGAGGAUAGGAUUUGUUAGGUUAAGCUCAAAUCCAGCCUGAAACAGGCAUUCACACCCCACAUUACCACGUUCCACUCUGGGUUUAAAUUUCUAUUUCCUGGGCUGAAAUAAAAGUAAGCUAAUUUUUUUUUUUUUUUUUUUU